UCGUUGACAAUCUUAUUCUCAGCGUUGCAAGAUAUAAAUGGAUGAUGAUGAAAUAUGCCAAGAUGUGAGAGAAGUCACUGAUUACAGUUCUCAGUAUGGAAGUUACAACAGCAUAUCGUACGUGGCAUUAAACGUGAUCGGAGCGCCCGAGGUGUUUCCGGAGUACGGAGACUACUCCGAGACGUUUUCGGCGCGCACUUACGGACCGUGGUGGCAUCUGCACUCCAUAUCUGACAGGAACUUUAUUACCAUUCUGCCGAAAGAAAGACACGUCAAGAGCCAAGAUUAUGUUGAGCUUCAGUACGAACAUCACGUGUAUCCAGCCACAGUCACCGUCUUUGAGACUUACAAUCCUGGGAGUGUUGUGAGAAUUCUGGCCUUCGAUCGCCUCAAGAACAGAUGGAAGGAGUUGUGGGUGGGAAAGCCCACAAAAGGUGCUGAGGCUUGUGCCUGGCCAAGACCAUUGCCAUCUGAGAACACGUUUGUUACGAGGGUUCUGCGACUUGAGUUCCACCAUGCUCACCUCGACUACCACGCACAAAUCGACGCGGUGCUGCUUGCGGGAUCCUUUAGAAGGCCGGUGCCUCCAGAUUCUGAAAGUGAUGAACCGAGCAGCACAGCGGUCGCACCACAAUCAAGUUGCAAAGAAGAAGCAUUUCUCCCAUCACACGCUGGAUUCCAUUCACUGCCGCAUGAACUCCUGACUCAAAUUUUUCACUAUCUCGAUCUUCUGUCGAUAUGUAGGCUAUCUGGCACCUGUAAGCUGUUUUGGAAAGUGUGCUACGAUCAUAUAUUUUACCGAUGCCUGGACCUUCAACCAUACUGGGAAAAGAUUGAUGACAAUGCUCUAGAGGCCCUUCAAAAGCGAUGUGUGACAUUAGAGAAGCUCAACCUCUCGUGGUGUGGUGCUGGUGGAUAUCUCUCUGCAGAAGCCUUUGUGAGUUUCAUGGAACUGAGGGGAGAGCUUCUGCAGUGCCUCUGCCUGUCUUCCUGCCCAUUUGUUGAUAACGAAUGUCUGAAGGUCAUUGCAGAUUACUGUCCAAACCUCACAGAACUGGAACUGAAAGGAUGUUGCAACCCCCUCCUAAAUAGGCUUGGGUUCCUUCAAAUAUCUCACCUGUCAAAGCUAGUUUGGCUGGACCUGUGUAGGACUGAAAUCGAGAUGUUCUCCCUUAUCUCAAUCAUCAGGAAUUGCAAUAAGCUCAAACACUUGUCCUUAGGCAGCUGUCCUGUUGUGAACAACUACGACGACAUUGCCCUGGAGAUCAGCACCUAUCUGGGAAACCUCAGAAGCCUAGACCUUUAUCGUGCAAGAACUCUGUCAUCCGUUGGUGCCAAUCUGUUUGCCCGAUCCUGUCCGCUUCUAGUCAGCCUCGACCUAGGCUGGUGCACCAGCAUUGAGACAGGAUCCAUCCAGGAACUUGCAAGAGGCUGCCCACAUUUGAAGAGACUGCUGCUGACUGCUGUUCGCGUCCUUUGCGACACGGACUUGUAUGCUAUUGCAACAUAUUGUCACGACCUCGAACACCUGGACAUUCUGGGAUCUGCAGAGGCAAGCUCAUCUGGAGUCAUUCAGGUGCUGAACGAGUGCAAGCAACUGAAGAUUCUCGACGUGUCCUUCUGCUUUAGAAUCAGCCUCGACAUUGUGCAAGAGUGGAAGAGGCUGUACCCCAAGGUGCAAAUCAAGAGGAGUAUCUCGGACCCUUUUAGAUGACACGCCGUUCCCUAUAAGCAAAUAAUUUACUGUAUAUAAAUCGAAUUCAGGAAUUUCUCUCAAGCCCCAACUAUCGAAAGCUGGGUGAAAAUUUGUGUAUAUAUAGUUUGUUUCUGUAAAAUGGACUAUGUUAUGUAAGAAAUGUGAAGUUGUUGUGUGUGCUGUGUUUACUUGAUGUAAUAAAGUGCAGCAAUGCCCCAUCAA